ACUAGUGGCAGUGCGGUAGUGGUAGUCUAUAAUCUGCCGUGAGCGUCAACUUUUCAACUUUAGAUGGGUCGUAACUGAAGGAACUAAACAUACACCGCCAUGAUAUUAAACUAGUUUGGUGUUUAAUUUCCGCUGAUUCAGAGGAGCGUCUUUGGAAACAGCACAAAUAUCAGCGCUGCAGAAAUAGAGGCUAGAUCUGAGAGAGACAACAACCGAAAUGAAUCUUGCGGUGCUUUGUGGCACUCUGAUGGCUCUGAUGCUCCUCGGUCCAGGAGUGUCGGGAAGCACAGAGUGUUCGUGUGGCCGUAACCACUUCACGUGUGCCGUGAGUCCGUUUGGGGAGUGCACCUGCAUCCCGGCCCAGUGGCAGUGCGACGGGGACAACGACUGCGGAGACCACAGUGACGAAGACGGCUGCAUGUUGCCCACCUGCUCCCCAGUCGAUUUCCACUGUGACAAUGGCAAGUGUAUCCGCCGCUCCUGGGUGUGUGACGGGGACAACGACUGUGAGGACGACUCGGACGAGCAAGACUGUCCUCCGCGUGAGUGUGAGGAGGAUGAGUUCCACUGCCAGAACGGCUACUGCAUCCGCAGCCUGUGGCACUGUGACGGGGACAACGACUGCGGGGACAACAGCGACGAGCACUGUGAGAUGAGGAAGUGCUCGGAUAAGGAGUUCCGCUGUUCGGAUGGGAGCUGUAUCGCUGAGCACUGGUACUGUGACGGAGACACGGACUGCAAAGAUGGAACUGAUGAAGAAAACUGCCCGUCUGACGUCACCACCCCCAGCUGCAGCACUGAGGAGUUCCAGUGUGCGUACGGCCGCUGCAUCCUGGACAUCUACCACUGCGACGGGGACGACGACUGCGGAGAUUGGUCAGACGAGUCCGACUGCUCCUCCCACCAGCCGUGCCGCUCGGUGGAGUUCAUGUGCAGCAGUGGCAUGUGCAUCAACGCCGGCUGGAGGUGCGACGGCGAGUACGACUGUGACGACCAAUCAGACGAGAAGAACUGCACCACGUCCAUGUGCACGGCGGAUCAGUUCCGCUGCGCGUCGGGCCGCUGUGUCCGGUUGUCAUGGAGAUGUGAUGGCGAGGAUGACUGCGCUGACGGGAGCGAUGAAGAUGGCUGUGAAAAGACAGAAACGCCUCCCUGUGCCUCGGACCAGUUCAUGUGCGGUAACGGCCGGUGCAUUGGACAGAGGAAGGUGUGCAACGAUGUCCACGACUGUGAGGACGGCACAGACGAACAUCCUCACCAGGACUGCCGCCCCAGGUCCAGCGAAGGCAACUGCAACCUGAACAACGGCGGCUGCUCCCAGAAGUGCCAGAUGGCGCGCGGACAGGUCCAGUGCACCUGCCACACCGGCUACCGCCUCAAGGACGACGUCAAGUCCUGCGAAGAUGUGGAUGAGUGUGCGGAGGAGGGCUACUGUAGCCAGGGCUGCACCAAUACGGAGGGGGGCUUCCAGUGCUGGUGCGUGCAGGGCUACGAGCUCAGGCCUGACAAGCGCAGCUGCAAAGCACUGGGACCAGAGCCGGUGCUGCUCUUCGCCAACCGGAUCGACAUCCGCCAGGUUCUGCCACACCGCUCUGAGUACACGCUGCUGCUCAACAACCUGGAGAACGCCAUCGCGCUGGACUUCCACCACAACAAGGAGCUGGUCUUCUGGUCCGACGUCACGCUGGACCGCAUCAUGAAGGCCAACCUCAAUGGCAGCAACGUGGAGGAGGUGGUCUCCACCGGCCUGGAAAGCCCAGGCGGUCUGGCCAUUGACUGGAUCCAUGACAAGCUGUACUGGACGGACUCUGGGACCUCCCGCAUCGAGGUGGCCAACCUGGAUGGCAGCCACCGCAAGGUGCUGCUGUGGCAGAGCAUGGAGAAGCCCCGGGCCAUCGCCCUGCACCCUAUAGAGGGGAAGAUUUACUGGACGGACUGGGGCAACACUCCCCGCAUCGAGUACGCCAACAUGGACGGCUCCAACCGCAAAAUCAUUGCCGACACCCACCUGUUCUGGCCCAACGGGCUGACCAUCGACUACGCCAGCCGGCGCAUCUACUGGGUGGACGCCAAGCACCACGUCAUCGAACGGGCCGACUACGACGGGCAGAAUCGCAAGGCAGUCAUCAGCCACGGCCUGCCGCACCCCUUUGCCAUCACGGUGUUUGAAGACAGCCUGUACUGGACCGACUGGCACACCAAGAGCAUCAACAGCGCCAACAAGUUCACCGGCAAGAACCAGGAAAUCAUCCGCAACAAGCUGCACUUCCCCAUGGACAUACACACCCUGCACCCACAGAGGCAGCCGGCAGGUGGCCAAAACCGCUGUGGGCCCGGCAAUGGUGGCUGCAGUCACUUGUGUCUCCCUGGCAACAAGACUUACACCUGCCACUGCCCCACGGGCUUCAAGAAGACCGACAACUACAACUGUGCCCAGAGUCUUGACAAGUUCCUGCUUUUUGCCCGAAGGACGGACAUCCGUCGGAUCAGCUUUGACACCGAGGACAAGUCCGACGUGGUCAUUAAGCUGGCCGACGUCCGCAACGCGGUGGCGCUGGACUGGGAUGCCAGCGACGGGUAUAUCUACUGGACUGACGUCACCACAGACUCAAUCAACCGAGCACUGUGGGACGGCUCCAAGCAGGAGGUUGUGGUGGACACUAGCCUGGAGAGUCCCGCUGGUCUGGCCAUUGACUGGGUGACACACAAACUCUACUGGACAGACGCAGGCACAGACAGGAUCGAGGUGUCCAACGCAGAUGGCAGCAUGCGCACGGUGCUAAUUUGGGAGAAUCUGGAUCGCCCAAGGGACAUCGUUGUGGAUCCCAUCGGAGGACUGAUGUACUGGACAGACUGGGGAUCCAACCCUAAAAUUGAGCGUGCGGGAAUGGACGCUUCCAAUCGAGUCGUCAUCAUCUCCACCAAUCUGACGUGGCCCAAUGGCCUGGCCAUUGACUACCAGACGCAGAGACUGUACUGGGCCGACGCCGGCAUGAAGACCAUUGAGUAUGGGAACUUUGAUGGCUCUGACAGACAGAUCCUAAUCAGCAGCCAGCUGCCGCACCCCUUCGGCCUGACCCUGCACGAGGACAAGAUCUACUGGACCGACUGGCACUCCAAGAGCAUCCAGAGCGCCGACAAGCUGACGGGCCUGGGCCGCGCCACCCUGGUGGAGAACCUGGAGAACCUCAUGGACAUACACAUGUUCAACCGCCACCGCCAAGAAGUGCGGACGCCUUGUGCCAUCAACAACGGAGGCUGUAGUCACCUGUGUCUCCUGGCCCCGCCCCCCAAGGGCUCCAGCUGUGCCUGCCCCACGGGCAUCAACCUCCAGGUGGACGGCAAGACCUGCGCUCAUGGCAUGAGCAGCUUCCUGAUCUUUGCGCGGCGCACCGACAUCCGCAUGGUGUCGCUGGACAUCCCGUACUAUGCUGACGUGGUGCUGGCCGUCAACGGCUCCAUGAAGAACACCAUCGCCAUCGGAGUCGACCCCAAAGAGGGUAAAGUGUACUGGUCUGAUAGCACACUGAAGAAAAUAAGCAGAGCAAACAUCAACGCCACAGGGCAUGAAGACAUCAUUUCAACUGGCCUCAUGACAACAGACGGGCUGGCGGUGGACUCCCUGGGACGCAAGAUCUACUGGACAGACACCGGCACCAAUCGCAUCGAGGCGGCUAAUUUGGACGGGUCCAUGCGCAAAGUCCUGGUGUGGCAGAGCCUGGACAGCCCGCGUGCCAUCGCUCUCUACCAUGAGAUGGGGUACAUGUACUGGACCGACUGGGGGGAGCACGCUAAGCUGGAGCGCUCUGGCAUGGAUGGCUCUGACCGCGCCGUCCUCAUCAGUAAUAACCUGGGCUGGCCCAAUGGCCUGGCCAUAGACAAGGCUGGCUCGCAACUCCUCUGGGCAGACGCUCACACAGAGCGUAUUGAGGUGGCGGACCUGAACGGGUUGAACAGGCGCAUCCUGGUGUCUCCGGUGCAGCACCCGUACGGCCUGACACUGCUGGGCCCGCACAUCUACUGGACUGACUGGCAGAGCCGCAGCAUCCAGCGCGCCGACAAGACCUCCGGCGCCAACACCAUCACCGUGCGCUCCAACCUGCCCGGGCUCAUGGACAUCCAGGCCGUGGACCGCGAGAGGCCCCUGGGCUUCAACAAGUGCGGCCGGAGGAACGGCGGCUGCUCCCACCUCUGCCUGCCGCGGCCCAACGGCACCUCGUGCGCCUGUCCCACGGGCAUCCUUCUGAAGCCGGACGGCCGCUCCUGCGAGAACAGCCCCGAGACUUACCUGCUCUUCUCCAACCGCGUCAGCGUGCGCCGCAUCUCACUGGACACCAGUGACCACACCGACGUCCACGUCCCCGUGCCCGAGCUGCACAACGUUAUCUCGCUCGACUACGACAGCGUGGAGAUGAAGCUGUACUAUACCGACGUCUCCCUCGACGUCAUCAGACGUUCUAAUUUGGACGGGACAGGCAUGGAGACGGUGAUCAGCCAGGGGCUGAAGACCACAGACGGCCUGGCAGUGGACUGGGUGGCGCGGAACAUGUACUGGACGGACACGGGUCGCAACACCAUCGAGGUGGCCCGUCUGGACGGCACGGCCCGGAAGGUGCUGAUCAACAACAGCCUGGACGAGCCCAGGGCCAUCGCCGUGUUCCCCAGCAAAGGGUAUUUGUUCUGGACAGACUGGGGCCACAUUGCAAAGAUUGAGCGGGCAUACCUAGAUGGCUCAGAGAGAAAAGUACUCAUCAACACUGAUCUAGGAUGGCCAAACGGACUAACACUUGAUUACGACACUCGCAGGAUAUUUUGGGUGGAUGCUCACCUGGACAGGAUAGAGAGUUGUGACCUGAAUGGCAACCUGAGGCAGGUCCUGGUCAGCCCAGUGUCCCACCCCUUCGCCCUCACUCAGUUGAAGCCGGUGUCCUCCCCACUAACUCCUUUCUCCCGCAUCUCACAGCAAGACCGCUGGAUAUACUGGACGGACUGGCAGACCAAGUCCAUCCAGCGCGUAGAUAAGCACAAUGGGCGCAAUAAGGAGACGGUGCUGGCCAACGUAGAGGGCCUAAUGGACAUCAUCGUGGUGUCUCCCCAGCGACAGAGUGGUACCAACCACUGUGGUGUGAACAAUGGAGGCUGUACUCACCUGUGCUUUGCCAAGACCAACAGCUUUGUGUGUGCCUGCCCUGACGAGCCGGAUGACAGGCCGUGCUCAACCAUCUCGGGGUACGUGCCUGCAGCUCCUGGAGGAGGUGGAAGUGGCAGCGCGAGCACCCGUGCCCCCAAGAACCCCAAACUGCCCACAGAGAAGCCUCAACAGGGACCUCCAGUGGUCAACUGCUCAGAUAAAAGCCUGAGUGUGGAGGGAUGCAUCGAGAGCACUGUGGUGACUGCCCCACAUGCCGAGGGUCUCCACAUAAGCUAUGUGAUUGGUGGAGCCCUGACCAUCCUGGCCAUACUGGUACUAAUCGCUGCCUUCAUGAUUUACAGACAUAAAAAGUCAAAGUUUGCAGACCCGGGAGUAAGCAACCUGACCUACAGCAAUCCAUCAUACAGGACGUCAACACAGGAGGUGAAAAUAGAGACGUCCCAGAAACCGCCCAUUUACAAUCAGCUACGAUAUAAAAAAGAGGGGGCCUGCGACAACAACUACACCAAGGAGAAGAUCCGCAUCGUGGAGGGCGUUUGCCUGCUGUCGGGCGAGGAGCUGUACUGGGAGGACCUGAAGCAGCUGAAGGUGGGCUGCGGCGGCCGGGGCAUGGGCGUGGGCGUGGGCCUGCACACCUGCAUGCGGACCGACACCGUGUCCCUGCAGGCCAGCAGCAGCGUGGCCUCGCUGGACGACGGCGAGACGGAGCAGCUGCUGCAGGAGGAGCAGUCGGAGUGCUCCAGCAUCAACACGGCCCCCGCCACCACGCCCCUGCGCCACGCCUCCACGCACCACCUGCCCGACACGGGGUGGCCAUCCAUGCCCCUGCCCCUGCCCCUGGCCCUGCAGCUGCCCAGCCACCGCAAGCCCUCCACCGAGAGCGAGGUCUGACCGGAUAUAGGACCUGAACGGACCUGACUGACUCCAACAACCUCCCAGCUGUGUGUUUUUGUCUGUUUGUGUUGCCGCAGCUCUCCUCCUCCUCCUCCUCUUCCUCAUCCGCAUCUUCUUUAUCAUCCGUCAUCAUCCUCAUCUUUGUUUGUUAUUAUUGUUGUCUUUGUGAUUGCCCAGGCCUAGUCCACUGACUUGUGCAUUCAAAAAAAACAAAAGACUUGUCUUGAUUUUUUCCGAAUUGUACGUCGGAGGCAAUUCAGUCCACCGCAAGCCCUCCAUCUCUCCAAACAUGUGGCUGGUGCAGGUGACAUGAUACCAGUUCUUGACAAACUCACACAUCAGGAAACACACAUAUGCAUGUACAUGACUAUUUUAUGGCUAUUUUACAAGUGUUUUUAUAGUCCUGUGCCAGGGUACAUUUCCCUAAAGCAUAGUUAUUUACUCAUUUACUUGGUUCAAACAAUCUAUGUAUGAAGCAAGUGUUUCUCAGAAUCCAUAUAGUAUAAACCAAUAUUAGAACCAACAAGGACGCAGUUUAGUUUCACCUACACUACCUUUUUUUAAGGUCUCGAUUGCAUUUAACAUUGAGGACAAAAUGUCUGGAAAGCUUUGACCCUUUUUAGAUAUUUUACUUGUUUGAUGUUUUAUCUCCCUGACUUUACAUAACGAGGUACGAAAUAUAUGAACAUAUGGGAAAGUACAUCCCAUGCAUACCCUAGCUGGAAGGCAUACCAAUGCUGGUAACUUGUUCCUUCUGUAGCCCAUUAGCACAGGCCUAUGCUACAAACCUCUCAAAAAGCUUUUAUGACAAAUAAACUGGGGAAUGUACCCAAGCUGGGAAUGAAUUGAUUUUUUAGAAAUGCACAUACACAUGAACUCUCAGAGUAGGUACUCAAAUACACACACGCACGCACGCACGCACGCACGCACGCACGCACGCACACACACACACACACACACACACACACACACACAACUAGCCUUCCAUGCUGGCCCUCCCUCCUGCUCAUCAUACAACUCAUCACCACCAUCACCACCGUCAUCAUCCAGUCACCCUGUACUCAGUCACCUCCUCCUCCUCCUCCUCCUCCCCCCCCUUCCCACCUUCACUGACUCACCGUGGUCCCCUUCAGACAGAAGACUGAACAGCAUACUGAAGCUUUCUGAAGGAUGGACCAAAGCAAGUUCUGAUGAACAAGAACAAGAGGGCUGAUGGAGCAUUGGGAUCACAAGGACAUGCAGAGCGCCUCUAAUGAGAUGAUUCCUACUCAAGAAAACAGGCAGUGCUUUGUUGUGUAUUAUAUUACUUUCUUUUUGAACAUUUUGAAAAAUGGAAAAACAAAACGUAAAAAAAACGUAUCUGCUCAUGGAAUUGUGUAACAAACGUUGCUUUUUGUUGUUGUUUUUGGUUGACACUCAUUUCAUGCCAGGCCUCCUCUUUUUUGUUUUUGCAAACUCUAUUUAUGGACUUUUUUUGUACAUCGGAGAUGGCGGUCUGUCGAUUUCUGGAGUAUUGAAGAGAAUGAGAGAACUGUUUAAGAACUGCCUGCAUCCAUUCAUAGGACUUAUCUGUAUUUAUGACAGUGCCAAAGGACAGAGUUAUACUUCUUCAGAGAGUGCCUCUGUGCUUUCUUUAUCUGUGCGUUUAAUGUAUACCGCAGAGGAAUGAUGAUCAGAGACUACUUCACCUAGCCGUAGACACCAAGAGUGCGGACAUGUUUUAAACAUUGCCUUUUUUUUAAAGCAUCUCCUUCCUCAUCUUCUCUUUUUUGUUUCCUCUUGAACUGAAACUCUGGGCUCAUCCUCAACUUUUCAGCUGUGUUUUUAAAUAGAAUUUGUGUUGUAUGGUUGGCAUACCUGACAGAUGUGGGAGAUGUUUUUAUUAAAACUGCAACAAUUACUGGUCCUCGGGGAAAAGCAGUCUCAAUGAAGAAUAAGUGCCAAACAUGCUUUUUUUGUUUCGUUUUGCUUUGUUUCAGUUAUUUAUACGUCAUGGAGGACAGUGGGUGUUAUUUGCAUCUUCUUUGCUCAUACUUUGCCAUCGGUUUGAUCUAGAGCCGCCAUCUCAAAUCAAAAAUAUCUGUAAAGCACCAUGCACUUGCAGUGUCUGUACUCUAGAAAUAUUUAGUUUUCAAAUGAAGCUUUCUGUGGAAACACACGGAGCUAUGUACUUGUCUAAAAUGAUGCCACUGACAACUUAUUGAGACUUUAAUUUCCAAGGAGAAAAAAAAAGAAUAUGAUGGUGCAUUGUUUUGUACUUUUUUGUAAUUGUUGUGGAAAAAAAUGUUUAGAGUUGUGAACAGGUCUGGGUUGGUGUUCUCAAAACCAGUUAUCUUGAAGUAACUUCAACAAGUUCAGCAUCGUGCUGAUUCGCUGCUAAACACAUUACUCAGCACUGAGACCAAUGGAUCCAUGGUCUUGGCAGCUAUAUACUUACCCUAAGCUCUCUGAUGGACGGUUUGCUUACAAACAAACACCCAGAGAAUCAGUCUAGUGCUCUGUUUAAUAGCAACUCUAACUUGCUUGCUUUUUAUUCACAGAUUUAAAAUGAAAAAAAUAAAAUAAAAUGCUAACAGUCUUGUACAGAAAUCACAAAGAGAAGUUAAACAAACGAUGAAAAAAAACAUGUGUAUGUGCUGAAGAUAUUGUGUUGAUUUUAUUGUAUAGAGAGUCUUUUGUACAAAGGGAUUUCAUGAUUUGUUUUGAUUUGUUUGUAUUAAUUUUACUCACUGGAGAGGAGCAUUUUUUCAGCAUUAUUUAACCACUUUGUUCCCAAACCUUGUGAAUGAUAGGGUUUAUGCCAGUUAUUUAAUAGAGUGCUCUUUUAUGUUACAAAUUAUUGGUCACAUAUAACUGUUGUAAAGUUAACUGAAAGAGAUAUUUAUAAUUCCUUUGUUUGGCUGUCACUUAUGUGUAAAUAUGAAAAGACUGUAUAUGUAUCCCUCCUCCCCUGUUGCAAUACUAACAAGUUGUGUCGUGUGACUAUAGUGAAUUACACCUUUGCUAUCUUUUUAAUAUAAAAUUGCAUUUGCAUUUAAACAGAAACGGCGUUCUCAUUUUCACCUCGUGAUUUCAGAAGCACA